GGACGCCGCUGCCGGACAAUAGAGGGUUAAACGGCUCUCUGGCGCGCGGGGCGGUGGGUUGGAGGCUGGUCGCGGCGCAGAGCUCGGUGUACACCAGCGCAUCAGAACUGGUCAGGUUUCUACAGAACCGCCGCUGCCACGCAGCACAGCAGAGAUGUCGUGGCGGAGCGGGAUCAGCGGAUUGGACCACACUCUGUCUCGAUCCCAGUGAGCCCGAGAAAGUAGCUGGAGAAAGGGGGAGUGCGUUUCUGCUCGUGUGGAAGCCGCUUUCAUGGACGCACAGCGGGGUUUGAGGGAGAUGGAGAAUCCGACGGAGAACCCAAGCAAGGCGGCGGAGUACCUUCAAGAGCUGAAUAAGAUAAUCGAGACCCAGCAGGAUCUGCUUGAGAAGCAGAGAGUCCGAAUUGAGGAGCUGGAGCUCCAGGUGACGGAUCUGUGCAAGGAAAACGCCUGUUUGAAGGAUCAGCACCAGAGGCACCUGGCCACCUGCAGACUCCAGCAGGGGAACCUCUCCUCGUUGGGGGCCAUCAAGGAGAAUGUCGUGCAGGAAAAGCGACACGCCUCAUUGCCUGCACAAGUCUCUGAGAUCCACCAAAACCUUUUUGCCCCCCUGUGUAGAAGAAGUUACCCCUGCCGGAGAUGGAAGUCUGCAUCCUUCGGGCCAGAAGCUGAGGACAUCAGCUCUGCCAUGUCUCAUAGACGCCACCACCACUCUGUGGAAGGUGAUGCCCCUGUCAGCGAGUUGGGUGCCUGUGCGGACCCCAGUGGCAGCUAUGUUUGCAAGCCAGUGAUCCACCGCGGCGGGUUUGGCUUGGACCACCUGGACAGCCAGCUUUACGGACACAUCUUCCUGCCGAACCACCUGCGACCUCGCCGACCCAAGCUUCAGCACUCCCAGUCCAUCCUCCGCAAGCAGACAGAGGAGGAGGCCAUCAAGCGCUCUCGCUCGCUGUCAGAGAGCUAUGAACUCUCAUCGGACCUUCAGGAUAAACAGGUGGAGAUGCUAGAGCGCAAAUAUGGCGGGCGUUUCAUAACCCGGCACGCCGCACGUACCAUUCAAACAGCCUUCCGUCAGUACCAAAUGAAUAAGAACUUUGAGCGUCUUCGAAGUUCUAUGUCUGAAAACCGUAUGUCCAGGCGGAUUGUUCUGUCCAAUAUGAGAAUGCAGCUUUCCUUUGAAGGACCUGAAAAAGUCCACAGCUCCUACUUUGAGGGAAAGCAGGUCUCUUUAUCAGAUGAAGGCACCAAAAUAGGUGCAUUGGUUCAGUCAGAACAUGGCGGGGAGAGAGGUGUACAAAUUAAGACACCAAGCACACAGAGUGACUUCACAGAUGCCAUCACAGAACUGGAAGAUGCCUUCUCCAGGCAGGUCAAGUCUCUAGCUGAAUCCAUUGAUGAUGCGUUGAACUGUCGCAGUCUACACGGGGAAGACAGUCCAUUAGAGCAGGGCAGAGGACACCCAGAUAUGGACAGAGAGCUCAGCUGCCAAGUGAAAUCCUCCCACAGUGCUGCAGAGCACCGCAAACUAGAUGAGAUGACGGCAUCUUACAGUGAUGUGACCCUUUACAUUGAUGAAGAAGAACUAUCGCCCCCUCUGACUAUGUCUCAGUCUGUAGACCGGCCCUCCAGCACAGAGUUAGACCUACGCCAGCGUUCCCUCAAUUCCUCCCAGGACUACUGGUUGCUUGCUCACAAGGAUGAAAAAGGGGACACAGAUACCAGCUGUCGCAGCACACCUUCCUUAGAAUGCCAAGAACAGGGUCUGCGAGUGGACCACCUACCCUUACUAACUAUAGAGCCUCCCAGUGACAGCUCUGUGGAGCUUAGCGAUCGGUCUGACCGAAGCUCCUUAAAGAGACAGAACGCUUAUGAAAGGAGCCUCAGCAACCAGCAGAGCAGCCCAAAACACAUCAGCCAUAGCCUGCCGCCUCGGGGACCUUCCAGGGAAGAAGAAGCCCCCCGUCACCGUCCGCGGCAGCUGGAAGCCCAUCUGGCCAUCAACGGUACAGCCAACCGUCAGAGUAAGUCAGAGUCUGAUUUCUCUGAUGGUGACAACGACAGCAUCAACAGCACAUCAAACUCCAACGACACCAUCAACUGCAGCUCCGAGUCCUCAUCCAGAGACAGCCUGAGAGAGCAGACACUCAGCAAACAGACGUACCACAAGGAAACUCGGAACAGCUGGGACUCGCCGGCAUUUAGCAAUGACAUCAUUCGCAAGAGACACUACCGCAUUGGCCUAAAUCUCUUCAACAAGAAACCAGAAAAAGGCAUCCAGUACCUGAUGGAACGGAACUUUGUUCCCGACACUCCAGUGGGAGUUGCCCACUUCCUUCUCCAGAGGAAAGGCUUGAGUAGGCAGAUGAUUGGCGAGUUCCUUGGUAACCGACAGAAGCAAUUCAACCGAGAUGUUCUUGAUUGUGUGGUAGAUGAAAUGGACUUCUCUGGGAUGGAGCUGGAUGAAGGGCUUCGAAAAUUCCAGGCACAUAUCAGAGUGCAGGGAGAGGCACAGAAGGUUGAGCGGCUGAUAGAGGCGUACAGCCAGCGCUACUGCAUCUGCAAUCCUGGUGUAGUGCGACAAUUCAGGAACCCGGACACCAUCUUCAUCCUCGCUUUUGCCAUCAUCCUCCUCAACACUGACAUGUACAGCCCCAACGUGAAGCCUGAGAGGAAGAUGAAACUGGAGGACUUUGUAAAAAACCUUCGAGGGGUUGACGAUGGGGAGGACAUUCCCCGUGAGAUGCUGGUGGGGAUAUAUGAGCGGAUUCGAAAACGAGAACUCAGGACUAAUGAAGAUCAUGUGUCCCAGGUUCAGAAAGUGGAAAAACUGAUAGUUGGGAAAAAGCCUAUUGGCUCUUUACACCAAGGUAUUGGCUGUGUGCUAUCACUCCCCCACAGAAGGCUGGUGUGUUACUGCAGACUGUUUGAAGUACCUGAUCCCAACAAACCACAGAAGCUAGGCCUGCACCAAAGGGAGAUCUUCCUCUUUAAUGACCUGCUAGUGGUUACCAAAAUUUUUCAGAAGAAAAAGAAUUCUGUGACAUACAGCUUUCGGCAGUCCUUCUCACUCUACGGCAUGCAAGUGAUGCUAUUUGAAAAUCAGUAUUAUCCCAAUGGCGUGCGCCUGACCUCAGCCAUUCCUGGAGCAGACAUCAAGGUCCUCAUCAAUUUCAAUGCCCCCAAUCCUCAGGAUCGCAAAAAAUUUACUGAUGAUUUGCGAGAAUCUAUUGCCGAAGUCCAAGAGAUGGAAAAGUACCGGAUAGAGUCUGAGCUUGAGAAACAGAAGGGUGUGGUGAGGCCCAGUAUCUCCCAGUGUUCGGGGUUAAAAAAGGAAACUGGAAAUGGCAACCUGAGCCGAGCCAGCCUAGAUGACAGCUAUGCCAUUGGUGAGGGACUGAAGAGGAGCGCACUCAGCAGCUCCCUGCGGGAUCUCUCAGAUGCAGGAAAGCGUGGGAGACGCAGCAGUGCAGGAUCACUAGACAGCAAUCUGGAAGGCUCCAUCAUUAGCAGUCCACACAUACGGCACAGGACCCCCUCCGGUCGAGACUGCCCGUCCCGCCACAGUGGACAGUCCCUGCCCAGCUCCUCCUCCCUGCUCGGAUCUCUGUUUGGCACCAGGCGGGUGAAGUCCCCCAGCCCCACCCCUCAGACUCCACACCCCACCCUGAUCUCCCACACUCCGCACCCAGUCAACCUGCACCACACAGCCCGAGUGGAGACGGACACACCAGUCCCCUUGCAUCCUCACCACGCCCAGUUCUGCCAUGUGACCCAGAAUCCCCCGCCUUACCACCACCACCAUCACUACCACCCGCCACCCCAUCUGCAGCACCCGCCCCAAUACCACCCACCCCCAUCUCACAGCCAGCAGCCGCCCUACCCGCCUCACCCGCAGCACAGCCACGGGAACCACUCAGCUCACAGCCCCCACCUCCAUGGCCAGCCGCCACCACCAUCUCAGGUUCCCAGCAGCACGAAGCCCAAGCACAGCGGCAUUAGCACAGUGGUGUGAGGGGAUCACAGUGAACUGUUUCUUUAGAGACUCUUACCCGAUGAGAUCGUCACACUGUGUUUCUCUGGUCUGCAGAUAUGAAGCCAGACUUGAGCCUGGACUUUGUUCACCAUUGUGUUUCUGCUCACUUUUCCCAUUUCAUUUCAGGACCUGUCUGCCUGCUUCAGGAGCAACAGACAAGGAUUUACAUGCAUGCACAGAGACCACAAGUAGUGUUUGUCUCGAGUUAAUAAAAGGAACGAGAUCAAAAAUCCUCCAUGUAUUUAACAGAAAAGCUAAACAGUGAAGCAACCGGAUUGUGUCACAAAGACAGCCGAAGCUGUAGCUGAUUAUUUAAUGUAGCAGUAGUUCACAGUGCACUGUAAUAUCUCUGGUAGCAGUUGUAAAUGUAAAUUUAUUGAGGUAACCACUAAAAAUUGCUUAAUGUCUAUUGUGCAUAAUAUUUUGUAAAAUAAAAAUAUCAGCUGUUACUAUUCUAAUUAUUGCCAAACAAAUGGCAUCAGUUAAACUCUCAGUAUAGCUGCACACGAGACGCCAUAGUUAGGAACCAAUACCAAGCUUGUAUUAGUUAGGCCGUCUGAAGCUGGAGCAUGGAUGGUUGGUUGGAGUUAGGACUCAGUUACAGUUGUACACCUAUUCCUUGGGCUUGGAGUUUGCUCUCCUGUUUUGGGAAAUGGUGCCACAGCAGGCUAGUGAAAUGUCUGUUAUUCACUACUGGCUGUAAACUGCUCUGCUUUUAUUUUCUCAAGUCAUACAAGCUAAACAAGUCAGAGUUCUGUGUUGUUCUGCAUCCUGGAAGGGUUGUGGUUCUCUAAGUUUUCUCAGCAUCCACAGGAAGAUGUAUUUUGCUCUUUCAACAUGCAGAUGGAGGAGAUGUGUGUGUGGAGUGUGUAGCAGGGAACCAGCACUGUGACGGUUCCACAGUGAAAACUUCCACAGUUUGUGUUCAGGUUCACUCAAGUCAUGUCCAACUGUCCAACUCUUCUCUGUGAGCCCCACUGAGUCACUAUCAUGGUGUGAUCGUGGUGGCACUCGUGCUUUUCUCAACACAAAUAGCAGUUUAUAUCAAUGAUCCAGCUAACAUAUUAUGGGAUGGCUAGUUGCAUCCACAGUAUGGGUGGAGUGGGCAAAGCUGAAGCAGUGGCACUUUCUGUUUGAAGUAUUAUGUUUGAAUAUCGAUAGAUCAAGUUAGUCAUUUUUAUGUGCAAUAUGAAUUUUCUUUUCUUAUUUGACUUAUUUUGUCUAAGGAUAUUUGUUCAUGUUGAAUUUUGUCUUUUUGUCCUACAGUGUCCUCUGUCAUAUCCUCCUCACUGUUUUCGUGAAGUUAGUAUCAACAUGGUUUUGGAUCUGGUGGACCCCUCCACGUCACAGUUGAUUAAGAAAAUGAACGCCAGAGCAGAGCUUACUGCGGUUGCCUAUAGUUUACUUUUUACUCCAGAGCAAAAUCACACGUUUUCCCUGAUUUACGUAGAAUGCAUAUUAGUCAUCACUAUUGCAGGUUCGCAGUCAUCAUUGACACAGGAAACCAUUGGUGCUUGGACUGAAAGAAACUGGGCUUCAGAAAUGUAGAAGAGGUGAUGCAAGGCAUUUUAUGAUGAACCUACAUAAAGCAGGGCAUAAUUGUGAACGGGAAGGAAAAUGACACCCCUUUCACUGCAGGUCUUUUGUGGUUUCUUCCAGCUUAUCUACAGACUGCAACGUUUUGCUCAUUUUUAGCUCUGGCUCAGUCCAUUUGGAAGGAGUGUGUCUGAACAUCAAGUUUCAAGUCUUCUGCAGCCUCUAACAGGUUUUCUUCUAGGAUCUAGGUCCUUUAUUUAGCUCCAUCCAUCUACCCAUCUUCUCUGAACAGCUUUCUGUCCCUGCUGAAAAAAGUCCACAGCAUGAUACUGUGUACAUGGUAAAGCAUUUUUUUUACCAUGUUUCGCAGAGGGGAUGGUAUGUUGAUGGUAUGUAUUCAGUGUUCUGCAUGUAGGCCAAAUAUUCAGUUUAGGUCUCCUCUAAUCUAAGGCAGUGUAUAUCUUAAAGUAUAAAGAACUGAAUUCCAGUUGCCUACUUCCAAACUUUCUGGAUCAGACUGUUUAACUGUAGUUAAAUACAGACCUCCACACACACUUCAGAUUGUAAUAGCUUCAUAUGCACUUGCCCACAUGUAAAUCAGAGCAUUAAUUUAGCAUUUCAAAUGGUAUUCUAACAUUUAUCACUGGCACACAUUAAGAUUGUUCCGUCUGUUGUUGGAAUUUCUUCCGUCUUCAGGAUUCUUAGUAAGUCACCCUCGCACAUUUGUACCAAGGGCGAAUAAGAAGUGAAUUUAAUCGACUGUGAAAUAAGUAUUUUACAAUACAUAUUGGACUGGAAUGUGACGCUGGUCACAGUUCAGUGAUGUUACAGUUUGUACCUUAGUUUUGAGGUCAUGGUUCAGUUCAAUGAGAAAAAAAACAAAGUGACAUAAUGAACUGCUCAGGUUGGUUUUCACUUCUUUUAAACAGAAACCUGAUGAAACCACACUUUAAAUUAAAACACAUUUGAAAAAUGUUCAUCCAGUCUGAGCUAUACAUUGACCAUAUGUCAAAGCAAUGGUUAGAUUCUGUCCUAAAGCAAAUACAAAAAUGAAGGCAAGGUUUUAUUUUAUGUAAAAAAAAAAAAAAAUGCUUAACAGAACCAAAAAGCUUAAACUGAAAUGAGGAAUUUCUCUUAAUUUGAAAAUACAAACAGGCCAAAAACAAUAAACUUUCACCAUUCAGACAUCUGCAUGUACACCAUUGUGUAAAUUCAGUGUUGCAAAGAGCAUGAAAAUCUAACUUGUAACUUUCCAUAUGAUCCACCUCUUGUUCUCUGCUGCUGCAGAUCAAUUGGAACAGGAAACGCCUUCUCACUGCUCAUUUCAAAACAAGCUCCUUAAUGUCAUUGUUACCAGUCAUUUGUCAUUGCUUUGGUGUGGAGUGCUUUAGUUACAUUCUUCAUCUACUUAUUUUCUGUCCUAGCACAAAAGCAAUAAAACACAUGUGCACCCGA